AUUAAACGCUCUACACAUUUUAACACCAUUUUUUUUCGUAUCGAUCAAAUGAGCAAAGAAAACGAACCCUUUAAUACACCAGGACAUGACGUGCCUUCUGAACCACACUCGGAUGCCUUGCAACAAUCAUCAAAACUUCCUUUAGUUGUCGUCGUUAUUGGAAUGGCAGGCAGUGGCAAAACAACAAUGAUCAAAGCUCUUUGGAAAUAUUUCUCACAACCAAGAGUGUUAGAUGAUAAAGACACGGAACAAGACACAAUAACGGAAAUUCAGCCAGCCUUCAAGACGUAUAUUCUCAAUUUAGAUCCAGCGGUGACCUCUACACCUUAUCCAGCCAAUAUAGAUAUUUGUGAUACUAUUAAAUAUAAGGAAGUCAUGAAACAAUAUAAAUUAGGACCCAAUGGUGCUAUUAUGACUUGCUUAAAUUUAUUUGCUACCAAGUUUGAUCAAGUGCAUGAUGUGCUAUCUAAAAGAGCUCCCAACCUUGAUAUUGUACUUGUUGACACACCUGGGCAAAUUGAAGUUUUCAAUUGGUCAGCGAGUGGCUCGAUUAUUUUAGACACUUUAGCAUUAUCUUAUCCGACAGUCAUCUUGUAUGUUUUGGAUACAGCACGCUGUCAAAGUCCGGUCACUUUUAUGUCAAAUAUGAUGUAUUCUUGUGGAGUUAUGUAUAAAUCCAAACUUCCUUUUAUUAUGGCUUUUAAUAAAAUUGACGUUCAACCUGCUACUCAAUGCCUUGAAUGGAUGAGAAACUAUAAUUCCUUUGCUUCCGAUGUUUGUAAGGAAGAUUCCUAUAUGGCAACUCUUAGUCGCACAUGCGCUUUAUCUAUGAAUGAAUUUUAUGAAGGAAUUCAAAGUGUUUCUUUGUCUGCUGGUACAUCACUUGGGCUGGAAAAGCUAGAAAUAACGUUACAAAAGGCCAGAAACGAGUAUACAAAUAUUUAUUUGCCAUGGUUGCGAGAUCAAAGAGACGUUGUACGAAAGCGUCGAGAAAAACUAGCUGCAGAAUCAGCCAAACAUUUUGCACAAGAUAGAGAAAGGGAUACAAAACAUAAAGAAAGGCAAGACGGCAAUGAUCUUGUUGAUAAAAGAGUUCUUAGGUGGAAGUUUUCGCGCUAAACGUUUCUAUUUCUUUUAUGCGUAACAAGUGAGCAGGCUCGUCAAUUUCUUUUUGCUGAUAACAAAAAAUAUGUUAUUCAAUCUGAUUUUCUUUUUGUUCAUAAUAUUUUUUUGAUUGAUUUGAAAAUAUUUCAUUGAUAAACCGAAAUUCGAGUUAACUCGACUUUGCCUUCAUC